AGAACUUUUGCAGUUUAAUACAAUUCUUGCACGAGUUAAGUACGAGUGUAAUUCGUCAUUUCUACUUUGAGUGAUAAAACAUUUUGUGCAGAAACGCCCCUUUCGAAAUACAUCAUCAUUGUAGUUUAAAAUAAACUUUAAGGACUUGCAAUACUUGACUGUCUGGAUUUAAAAGUAUAAAACUUUGAACUAUUGAAUUUGUAUCAUCUCUGAAGUUUUAACUGUGUGCGUCGAACUGAUUAAUAAACGUGCAGUUUAUUAAAUUAGGAUUGAGUAAAAGUUUAAGAAGAAAAUAAAAGUGCAUAAAAGUGCAGCACAUCGAUGAAUAGGGAAGUAAAACGAUUGGCAAUUUGUGAUAGCAACUAAAUGGUGGGAAAGUAAAACACAGGAAGUUCCCAAAAUUAAGCCGCAAAUCAGGAAAUCGGCUGAUUUCACUCGCGGAAUCGCACCGUGAUCGUCGUCCUGCAAUGAGGUGAAAUUUGCGUAUCAGUCAGCAUCAUGGGUCGUGUUCGUGCCUUUGUUUUCAAAGAAGUACUACUUCUGCACCUCAUCAGUGUUUUGUUCGUGAUAGUACAAGGCCAAUCUGUGCCGAAAUUGUGUCCUAAUCAGGAAGCCAUAUUGCCUUGUCGGUGUUUACUAAGAGAUACCGAAUACCAAGUGUGGUGCUCACAUAGUGACCUACCAAGAGUGCUCGAUGGUCUAAAAUCAUUAAGUCAAUUCAUAUCACAUCCAAUCGAUGAAUUAAUAUUAGAAAACAACAAUUUACCAUCACUACCUGGAAAAGCUUUCCUACCGUUAAAAGUAAUGCGUCUCAUGUUGCGAUACAAUAACCUGGAACGAGUUUCCAAUGGCUGGUUACACGGUUUAGAAGAUUCUCUAAUGGAGCUUUUUAUAGUUGAACCAGAUCUGCGUAGUUUACCUGAUGAAUCUCUCAUCAAUCAAAAUUUACUCCAAGCAGUCACAAUACAAUCAAACACAAUGAAACGCCUACCACAAUUUAGUAGCCUACCAAAAUUACGUUAUAUUAAAACAGAAGGAUCCAAUAUUGUGGAAUUAUCACCCAGACACUUCAGAAAUUUACCAAGUUUAGAAAAAGUCCAGAUUAGCGGAAGUGUACGUCUGGAUAAACUUGAAGCUGGUUUAUUUCAAGACCUCCCCCGACUAAAACUCGUAAACAUAUCGAACUGUGGAAUUUCCUGGAUGCAUUUAAGAUCCAUUUCAAGAUUACCAGCUCUGAAAGAAUUGUCAUUAGAAGGUAAUAAGAUUCAAGACGCAAGCGUUGUUGGCCGCGCAGCAAGAGACCUACCAGCACUGGAAAUACUCAAACUAGAUCAUAAUUUAAUCAGUACACUAGGCGAGGCCGCUUUUGUUGAUUUGCCAAGUUUAAAGAAGUUGUCCUUGAGCAAUAAUGAAAUCGUUGAGCUGCUUAAUGGCGCAUUUCACCGAGUGCCCGAAUUACGCUCGCUGGAUUUAAAUAACAAUCGCGUGCGUCGAGUACAUCCGGAAGCCUUUCUGCAGCGCAGCGGUAGUGGAAUUGAGGAAUUGUUCCUGACGAAUAAUGAUAUUUCUCAUGUGGCCGAACUAAGAGCCAUCCUCGAUGCUUUGCCAAGGUUGACAUUCCUGGACAUGAGUUACAACAAUUUGGAAGCAAUACCGUUUGGUGCUUUGCGCGGGCAUCCCACGUUGGAAUACUUAAGAUUAGAUUUCAAUAAAUUACACAUUAUUGAUCGCGAAGCUUUUCUUGGAAUGCCUGCAUUGAGAGAAUUGAGAUUGAAGAAUAAUUCUUUGAGCGAUAGGCUUGAGGCACCAUUUUGGAACCUACCGGCAUUGAAAGGGUUAGAUAUGAGUGGUAAUUAUUUCAGGAGAAUUACGCCGAGGUUACUUAGUAAUGUACCAGAAUUACGCAAAGUGGACUUUAGUAGUAACCAGAUUAAUUUUGUUGAUCCAGCUGCGUUUUUGAUGACAGCAAGUUUAGAACACGUGAAUUUGUCCGAAAACGCAUUGGUAACAUUACAUCCAGCUACAUUUAGACACUUAUUAAAUUUGUAUGAAUUAGAUGUAAGUCAAAAUGAGUUAAUGGAGUUUGUUCCGGGUUUACCAAGAGGUGUGGAGUACCUUUUCAUGUCAAGAAACUCAAUUACUAAUAUUCCGCACCAGCCGUCACCUGAUUUGGAUUUACCACAAUUGAAAAUGUUGGAUUUAUCUAGGAAUACAAUUCAGAGAAUACCACCAGGUGUAUUUCGGACUGUACCACAAUUAAGAAAGCUGUACCUUGGUAGGAAUGCUUUACAAGGUGUUGAUGACAAUGCACUAAGCGGAUUAAGUAAAUUAGAAGUGCUUGAUUUACGGGCAAAUCGUAUUUCGAAGCUUAACCCAAAUAUUUUGAAAGACACUAAUGAAUUGUUGGAGUUAAAUCUUCGCGAGAAUCGUUUAGAUGUCUUAAUACCUGAUGCACUUUCCGGAGCUGAAAAUAUUCGUAAACUUGAUAUAAGCCGAAACCAAUUGACUGAAAUACUUUCGGGAACUUUGGAACACGCACGUGAAUUGGAAGCAAUUGAUGCAUCUCAUAAUAGUCUUGUUCAUUUACCAUCUGGAUUGUAUGGAAUGAAGAAGUUACGAAAAUUAGAUCUGACUGACAAUCGUUUGAACAAUGUCAACCCGGACACUUUGAGUAGUCUAACAUCAUUGGAAGAAUUGAAAAUGUCACAUAAUUUUAUUCAGUCAUUACGACGAGGCGCUUUUGACAAUCUGCUAAACCUAAAAAUACUUGAUUUGGAUAAUAAUGAUUUACAAGAGAUUGAAUCGAAGGCAAUUCAUGCGUUACCACAAUUGAAGAAUUUGAAGUUAAGUCAAAACAAAUUGAUUGAAUUGCCAAAUGCUGCAUUUAGUAAUUUACCAUCGCUUCAAACUGCUGAAUUACAAGAUAACGAAUUGAAAUUGAUUGGAGCUAAUGCAUUCCAUCAUGUUCCACAUCUUGUUAUGCUUAAUAUAAGCAGAAAUCAAUUUAGUGGCUUAGAAGAUGCAGGACUUAGAAGUUUGAGGUCUUUAGAAAUGUUAGAUUUGAGUAAUAAUCAGUUGGGACAGGUUUCAAGUCCCAGUUUGGCUAGAAUGGAAUGGUUAGUGGAACUUAGAAUGGAUAACAAUAAGAUUUGUUCGGUUCAAGGAGCUACAUUUAAUGGUAUGCCCAGAUUGAGAGUUCUGAGUUUACGUAAUAAUAAAAUGAUGAGUUUUCCGGAACAUGUCAUACAGAAAUUGCGAGGAAACAUUGCUGUUUUGGAUAUAGACGGUAAUCCCUUGGCUUGCCAAUGUAGUCUUUUGUGGUUACGAGCAUGGUUACAAGAACAACAACUCAUGGGACCUCGAUGUUUAGAUGGUACCCUACUAAGAGAGGUACGUUUAUCACGUCAGGAAUGUCAAGCAGAAGAACGUCACAAUGAUCCGGUUGCACCAGGAUGCGAAGCGGAAUUGUUAACUGCUCCCGGCAGUUAUGGUACCUCUCAAGUUUAUACACAACAGUGGCAAAAUCUUCGACAUCCUAACAAGACAAAACAACAUUUUGAUAAAAAUCAAUUAGCACCAUCCCCAGAAGAAUCGGAUUAUUUCUAUGACGAAUAUAUUGAUUAUCCGUACAACGAAACAUUGGUACAUGCUCAGAAGCAUGGUCAACAACACCAGCAACAACAACAACAAACUGGUGCUAAUCAGAAUAAAAAAUUUAGCUCACCACAUUUAAUUCCUGGUGACACGCCUGUAAUAUAUGCAGCCAGCAGUAAAAACAGAACAAAAGUGCCCGAUACACCAAAAGGUGUGGUCGGAUCUCCUAGUAGCAGUGGUUUCACAUUUUUUGGUCUACCACUACCAAGUCUUAAUUUGAACAACCUCCUAGGUGCUGGGAGUAAUCGUGUAGACAAAGGCAAGAUGGCACCACCAAAUUUACCACCCAUCGGACCAGGAGUAUCAGUUGGCGGUGCCCUAGGAGGAAAUUUACCCAACGCGGAGCGUAAGGCCGCCAUUGUUAACAAACCAAACAAAGGUAACACUCCUCAAUUACCACCAUUACCACCAAUACCAUCCCUACCACAAACCCUUCCUACGGUGGCAAGUAGACCGCCACCGCCCCCUGACCUACCGGAAAGGCACAAUAUCAUUGGCAUGAUGCCGCCAUCUCAUCCGGAAAUAUACAUGGGUGGUUUCGUACCAUUAUUACCCGGAAGUGGGGGUUUUACUCCAAUGGAAUCACCCAUACAAGAUGAGAUCAAAACCUCUGCAAGUAUAAAAAGUAAUUUCACCUUAGGAAAUGUGCAAAAAGUCAACAUUACUCGACUUACCACUACAAAUGCACAGAUAGAUCCCACUAAUCAACCACAUAGCACGCCUAGUUUCAUAAGCAAACGUGGACCUAUCACACAAACCACUUUGGCUUCAAAAGAACCAAAUAAUUUUGGAGUUCAAACUGCAGAAGCAAGUGCAAGUACUGUUACACCACUAAUUGUCACUCAGCCAAUGCAAAGGCAUCCGACACCGGAAGUGACAAAACUCCAGCACACUACACCGGAGAUAAUAACCACAACCGAAUUGCCUGAUAUUGAAGUUAUUGAAGGUGUUGAUGCAGAUUAUGAAGAUGAUGUGGAUUUAGCCGAGGAUCAAAUAGAUGACACUACUGCAACAGUCAUUCAAGUACAGAGUUCUACUAUAAAACCACAAGUUAUCAAAAGAGGGCCACAAAUCAACGACAAUUUUGAUGAGAUUUUCAAGGAAGUGGUUGAUGUACCAGGAGUGCCUAUUCUCGCCACGCCAGCUUCAUCAAUGCCACUACCAGUUUCAAAAGUGGCUGCACCUACAGGAUUAGGUAAACCAGUAACACAAGCGCCGAUUCAAACAAAACCGAAUGCAAACAUUGAACAAGUCUACAUCAACCAGCGAUUACGAAACGAUUCAGAUUUAGAAACAUCACAUUCAUCUGCAACUACCUAUGACAAUAAUGUAAUCGGUACGCCAUUAUCAGCUUUGUUAAUACCUGGUGGACAAAUCACGCCAAACAAAAUGGGCGGGCGAUCGAGUAUUACUAAGGUACAAAAUCCUUUAUCUUCUACAGCACCGCUGCUUGGCGAUUUGGAGAUUUCUUCUACAGGGAAUAAUUUUGAUUUUGAUGAGGACGAUGAAGAUAGUGAUCAAUUGAGUCCGAUGGCGCAUAAUCGUGAAACACGUCCGGAUUCAACUACAGAAGAUAUGAAUUGGUACUUUGCAAAUUACAACAAAACUAGUAACAUUGAACCAUACGUCGGUGGUGGGAUAUUUCCAAGUUCCACAGCGUCGAUUCCCAACUCAUCAUUCACUUUGUGUUAUUUAAUAUUUGCAAUUAAAACGGUAUUUUCUCUCAUGAUCUAAUAAGAGAUAAUGGAAUGAUAUUUUGUAAAGUCUCUAGUCGUAAACACACUUUUUGUUUAGAUUACUAAUGUAAUAUAAUACAAACUCGCUAAUGUUAUAAUGUUAUAAGAUUAAUUAAGUAAGGGUAUAAUUAGGUAAAAAUUGUGACUUUUCUAGCAAUCUCUUUAUACUUUGUAUAAUGUUGUGUAAAUAUACCGUUGUGUAGUAUUUUUAAAAUGUUUGUAAAACUAAAAGCAUUAAUAAAAUUGUAGAUAAUA